AUGCAGCGUGAGCAAGGGAAAAAAAAGCAGGAGAAGAAGGCCGAAAAACGGCUGUUUGAUGCUGUGUCCUUCGGGAAAGACCUCCUGGCUGGCGGGGUCGCAGCGGCUGUGUCAAAGACAGCGGUGGCGCCCAUCGAGCGGGUGAAGCUGCUGCUGCAGGUUCAGGCGUCUUCCAAGCAGAUCAGCCCCGAGGCGCGCUAUAAAGGCAUGAUGGACUGCCUGGUGCGGAUUCCCCGUGAGCAGGGUUUCUUCAGUUAUUGGCGUGGCAAUCUGGCAAAUGUUAUACGGUAUUUUCCAACACAAGCUCUCAACUUUGCUUUUAAGGACAAAUACAAACAACUUUUCAUGUCUGGAGUUAAUAAAGAAAAACAGUUCUGGAGGUGGUUUUUGGCAAAUCUGGCUUCCGGUGGAGCUGCUGGGGCAACAUCCUUAUGUGUAGUGUAUCCUUUAGAUUUUGCCCGGACCCGAUUAGGGGUCGAUGUUGGAAAAGGUCCUGAAGAGCGACAAUUCAAGGGUUUAGGUGACUGUAUUAUGAAAAUAGCAAAAUCAGAUGGAAUUGUUGGUUUAUACCAAGGCUUUGGUGUUUCAGUUCAGGGCAUUAUUGUGUACCGGGCCUCUUAUUUUGGAGCUUAUGACACAGUUAAGGGCUUAUUACCAAAACCAAAGGAAACCCCAUUUCUUGUCUCCUUCUUCAUUGCGCAAGUUGUGACUACAUGUUCUGGAAUACUCUCUUAUCCCUUUGACACAGUUAGAAGACGUAUGAUGAUGCAGAGUGGUGAAGCUGAACGGCAAUAUAAAGGAACAUUAGACUGCUUUGUGAAGAUAUACCAACAUGAGGGAAUCAAUGCAUUUUUUCGUGGUGCCUUCUCCAAUAUCCUUCGUGGUACAGGGGGUGCUUUGGUGUUGGUAUUAUAUGACAAAAUUAAAGAAUUCCUUAAUAUUGAUAUUGGAGGUAGUUCAUCAAGAAAUUAAAUUGAGAAAUACAUGUAUUUAAUUUGUUUCAACAUGUAAAUUACAUAGCUGCCAUUUGUGUACAUUUUGAUAGUGCAUUACUACUGUCAAUAUUUUCUUAAAGUGCUAAUUUUGCAAUAAAAGCAUAGGCUUUUUUUCAAGGAUUUAAAUACUAAAGUCAGAUAAAUGUGGGUUUCCUUCCCUCUUAGAAUCAAACUCUAAUGGGACACUUUACUUAUUAUAAGUAGUAUAUGUUAUUUCUCUUAGUUUGAAAUUCUUUUCUUACUUUUGUGAUGAAAAAUUAAAAUGUAUAAUGCUAAAACCUAACAAAUGAAAGUAUCUUUUUGAAAUUUCUAUUCAUUUAAUAUACCUGUCUUCCCUUCUUUUAAAAUCACAUGGUAUGACAAAUAUUUCUUAAGAGCUUAUCAGAAGAUGUCAUCAUUAUAUCUGUAGGCAUAAAUAAGCUUUAUUCUACAUCUCUAGUAAGACAGCCCUGGUAUUACUGUGUAUCAUAUUUAUAGUAUCAUAUAGCUUUUUAUAAGCAUAGGCUGUAAAUCUGAUCAUUAAAAAAUUUGAUGACUUUAAUGAUAUUAUAAAAACUGCAUUUGGAAAAUAAAACAAAAUGGCUUAUCUGCUAAUCUUUAUCUUUCAAAUAAAUAAAAUCUUGCUAGAGUGAAUAUACCUUGAAGAAAAAAUACACCCCUGAAAAUUAGUUUGUGUAUUCUGCAUUGAUCAUAAAGGAAGUUUAAAACUGUUAUAAAUGAGCCUUUUUAAUCUAACCUUAUUAGUGAGCAGAGGAUAGUAAAAUACUUGUCAGAAGUGGGAACUGACUUAAAGACAGAAAACAAAAGGUAUUUCUCAAUGGAGAAAUACAAAUAGCAUUUCCAAGGUUUCAUAAAGGAGUCUGUCUAGUUUUUCAGAGAUGCUGUAGAAGAUACUACAUUUGAAAUCCCCAAGAUUUAAAAAUUUUAAGGAUUCAUAACCAUUUUUCUGCCAUGGACACCUUUGUCAAUCUAGUAGAGCCUAUAAAACCCCUCUUGUAAUGAAGUUUUUAAAUACAAAAAAUAAAAUACAUAGGAUUACAAAAGAAACAAUAUUGGAAAUAUGGUUAUUAAAAAUACAAAUUUGUGAUGUAAUAUGUGUUUUUUAGCACAUUUAUAAGAUCUAACAGCCUAAUAAUUACCAUAUUUUCAAAGAAGUGAUGACCGUUAAUGUUGUUUGGAGAUAUAUCCAUCAAUUACAAUGUGGGAUGAAAAUACCUGAUUUCUAUUGAUGGGAAUAAUCACAGAUACUGUUAAUACCACAUUGAUUUGUGCCUACAUUCAUAAUUGAAGGAAAUGUUAAAUUUCAGUUAAAGUUUAGUUCAAGACACACACACACACCCUUAACUCUAUCUAUGGAUCCUUUGGGAAUCUGGGAAACUCAGGUAAAGAACCCCUGUCCUAGAGCAUUACACUCAUCUGCAUAGUCAAAGCUGCAUCUCUGACUCAACUGUGUUCCCACAUACAGGAAACGGGAAAGAUAAAUCAGGGCAGGUGGAGUUGCACAUAUCACAUACACACAUUGGUAAGACUUUACUUACAUGGCCAUACAUAGCUAGAAGAAGGUGGGAACUAUAGUCUGUAAUUGAGCAGCCACGUGUAUAAGAUGAAAUAGUAGAUGUUGAUAGUCAGCUAUGAGUCUGCCACAGCUAACUAAGUGAUAAUUUGCAUCCAAUUUCAUUUUGCUCCAGUCCAUUCUCCACGCUGCUACCAAAGUACUUUUUAAACUCCAAUCUCAUCAUGUCAGUUUCUACCUAAGCUCUUUCAGUUCCUCUAAAUAUCUUAUAGCAGUAGUUCCUAACUUGUAAGUCAUCCAAAUUGACAGAGGUUGAGGGGACAGUUUUUGCAAGUAAUCCAGGAGUGUCUGUGUUUACUAAAAUUGAAAACUGAAUUUUAAAAUGAGGCGUGUGUAUGUAUAAUUUUUGUUUAUAUAUAUACAGUCUUUGGGUAUUAGCAAAAUAGUUAUAUAUUGAAGUGUUAUUGAACUCAUAGUAGUAUGCAGACAUUAUUAUUUCAAUAAACGCUAAAAAAAAUA